AAAUUAUCGGUUACAUUAAAAAUAAUCCGAAAGCUCUCGAUUUUCUUAACCAUUUCGAAUAACAGAAAGAGCAGUAAUAAUAAUACAAGCUUGUAGUUAGAUAUUUAACUUAAAGAAAGGCGGACAUUGAAAUGAUCAAAAAUCAAAUUAGUAAACGUGCGUUAUUAUGUACAAAAGAAUUUCGCUAUGAAUGACUUGCUCGGAUUUUCAUCGACGAUUCUUUGCAAGUCCAAUCGUAGCUUCUUUCGCGCAUAAAAAAAAAAAAAAAAAACAAAAAACGCGAACAUUAUAUACUAUGAUUAAAUUUAAGUCCAAUUAUAUUGUAUAAUACUCUAAUGUAUUUCUAUAUAGGUAUACUUUAUUAUACCCGCAUAUUUAUUAUAUAAAAUAUUAUUUAGCUUUCAUUUUAACCUGCAAGUUUACUUGUGCGACUAACGAUUUUGGAUAGAAUUAUACACGGUAUAAUAAAAUUGCAAAGAAAUUUUUUAACAAAUAUCCGUAUAGUGAGAUUAUUCAUUCGUUUGCGGUAGAAAUCGCGUGGAGUGAGAGAAUUUAUAUGGAUUAUGCUGGAAUAAAAAAAAAAAAAAAAACAAAAAAAGAAAACAAAACAAAACUAUGAAAAUGAAAACAAAAAAAACAAAAAAAAAAGUUGGUGUUUAAAUUAUACAUUCGGUGUGGAGUAAUUUUUACUGAAUAAAAAAAAAAAAAAACAAAAAAAAAAGGAACGAAAAAAAAAAACAAAACCUUUUCUCCGUUUCUCGUUUGUGAAUUCGGAAAACGCAGUGGCAGAUACAAUUUUUUUUAUUUAUUUCUUUGAGAACGUUAUAGGAUAUAUAAAUUGCAUUGUUGAAAACCCCGUUCACGUGGUGUCAAAGACUUACGUAAUUAUAUUAUAAUACAUACAUAGUAUAUUUAUAGCGUAUUUCAAAGCCUGAGUAUUUGUAAUAAUCAGACUUGAAGAUUUUUGAGCUUACGAAUAUCCCCGUUCAACGUCUUCGACCUGCUAUAUUUAAUGUUCACAGAGUUCAUUUAAACGGGCGAAAUUACGCGUCUAGUGAUAAAGAGGAAAGACGUGCUAAAUUUAAAUCUUAGAUCACCGUUCGAAGCACUUUCUUCCGCGAUCAUGUAUCAUUUGUCGACAAAACUGUGCCUAGAUUUUUUUAGAAUAGCAUUUAACCGUUCGAAUAAAUUUUUCCGAUAUUUUUUGCAAAUAUUUCAUUUUAGCUAAAAUUUAUUCGUUUCAGCGGUAAAGUUUUCUGAAAAUGGCAGAAAUGUUGAUACAAAGAAUAACGAUAAUUUUCACAGCUCUGCGAUUUUUCAACCACCAAGUAAAAUAUUUAUCGCAUUACGGGAAAAUAUUCCGGAAAAAUAUCAGCAAUCGAGAGAAAUUUGAAGAAAUUAAAACGGCACUGAAUCUCCUCGAUCGCUGGACUCGGAAUGCAUGAGAAUAUAAAUAAAUCGUUUUAUAGUAUGAGGUCGAAUUAUACAACAGUAUUUAUAUGUAUAAUGAUAUGUAUUGCGUAACCACAGAGUAAUUACUAACCAAUUAUUCAUAAUAAUAUAUCGUUCGAGUAACUUGUGCUGCCUUUUUCGAGAAAAAGAAAUUAAAAAGAAUAUCAAUGAAAUAACCAAAGUGGGGGAAAACCAAUUAUUGGAAAUUCGAGCAAUGCCCGAAUCACUUUGAUAUAUAUCGAGACGGUUGGAUAUAUAAUAUAUGCAUAUACAUAUACAUAUACAUUAUAUAUAUAUGGUAUAUCGCAAUGGCCGUAAGCAAUGUUCGUAACCAUAUCAUUUCAGCUACAUAAAUAUACAUAUAUGCAUAUAUUGUGUAAACAAUAAUAUGUAUAUAUGUGUGUAUAUAUACGCAGUAAAUACUUUAUGACGUUUAUCAAAUAAUUAUUAUACCUAUACAUGAGCUGUUAUCGUUUUAACCCCUAUUUUAAAUGUUUAUUGUAUAAUAAAUUGUAAUAUAGUCGUUGGGCAAAUAAAGCUCGUUUUAUAUUAAACCGUUGCUGAAGCGCGUUACAUAUUGCGAUGAAUGAUAUUCGAAACGAAAGUAAAUGAGAAAAAAAAACCAAAAAAAAAACAAAAAAAAAAAAUCAGUAUGUGUAUUUCUAUUAUUGGUUUAUGAAGUUCGUUAUUUCUACGAAACAAUUAGUCAAGUCCUACACUGUUUGCCAGUUUACCAAGAAUCUGGUUAUUUUAUUAUUCAGGAGUAACACUCGUCUCGAGUAAUUAGCUUGAUUACUGCGUUAUCACGGUGUGAAAAUCUUCACACCCAAAUGAAAACACGUUGAAAGCUAUUGCCGUUAAAAUUUAGUUUUCAAUUUUGCAUUGUAAAAGUAACACGAAUCUACAGGAACCAGAUUUCACGGUAUAAAGUCAUCGUUAAAAAAUCGGACGAUUUUCGCAGCCGUACUCGGAACAAAUAACAGAUUGCUUGGAAAAAAAAUUUAAUCUUCGUAAUGUGUGGGGAUAAAAGAUUCAUGUUGCAUGUGUGUAACGUAGAACUUGCAGAUCAGUGAAGAGGAUAAGCUUUAUGGCGGUGAAGAAUUGCGCAUAACCGUGAAGGGAAGUCGAGGAAAAAUUAUCCUACCAGAAGAGCCCAGUGAAAAUGCUGAGCUCUGACCGGUCUGAACACUACCCUUAAAAAUGACGGAGGACAUAGACGUCGUCUUCAAGGAGCCAAAAACGUUCAAACAGACGCUGAAAGCGCUGAAUUUUUUCUGCUGGCUUAUGGGGACCGGAGCUUGUGAAAUUGGUGGUUGGAAGAAGUGCUCGAUACUGAUAAGGGUCUUGCACUUCACGGUAUGCUCGGUGAUAAUAGCCUACGGGAUAACAGACUUCUUCUCGUUCGGGAACAUCUUCAAGAGCGAGAUGUACAAGAUAAUGUACUACAUGAACAAGGCCGUCAUUUACGUCACGUCCUAUUACUACGUACUUCUCGGCGUGAUCCAUAAGAAGAGUUGGGAGAAAUUCAUCGAGAGGAUCGAUCACCUCGACAGGAAAAUACGGAGGGAAACAUCCUUCGACGAUCGCUCCAUCAAACUCAGGCUGGGACUUGCCCUUGGGUUCACCAUCCUUAUGGGUCCCAUUUCAGCCGUGUCUCACGUCUUGUACUACAAGCUGACCGAUCCCUCGCAGAUAUACACCUCGGAUCUGCUCGUUUAUUACACGGUAGCCCAGUCGCUCAUCACAAACUUUUGGUUCGACAUCGUCGUCUGCACGAUUCACCAGAGGUUUAAGAUCGUCAAUAGACUCAUCAAGCAGAUCGGAGACUCGUACGCUGCACCGUGGAUCGUCCUCAAGAUCCAACGACUGAGGGAGCUGCAUCAUGAAAUCUGCGGACUGGUCAGCAUAGUGAACAAAGUUCACGGUAUGCACUUGCUUUUGAGCUCGGCAAACUCGUUCAUGAUGGUCUUGGCUACGCUGUUCAGGAUCUACAUAGGGGUUGUGGAAUUGAAGUUUGAGUUUAUAAUGAUAAACAACGUGCUUUGGAUCGUAUACGCGACUCAGUUUGCUCUAAAUUGUUUCGCGUGCACUUUGACCUGCCGCGAGGCGAUAUCGACUGGAAUCCUGAUCCACGAAGUCGGACUUAAGAACAAUCAGCUAACGAACAAACGUCUGUACAACAACACCGGGGUACAUAAUAACAGACGGUCAUUGAGCUAUCAACCGGAAGCGAAAACCUACGAAGGAUCCUGCGUGCAGAAUGAAAUCGCUCACUUUUCUUCCCAGCUGCAACAAAAUUCCGUAUCUUUCAGUGCCUGCCAUUUUUUCGAACUCAACAACGCGCUCCUGCAAGGCUUCGUCGGCGUCAUCACGACGUACCUCAUUAUCUUGAUUCAGUUUUACGUACCGGACCGAAAGACGACAAACUUCGGACCCACCACCACCCCGUCUACUACAACUGAACAAUUUGAUAUCUAUAACUCAACAUCUGCGGAUAGCUAGAUAAAAAUGAAUGAAAUAGAAUAGGAAAUUGUAUUUUUCACGGAGGACCUGAAAAUUAAUUGAGAUGUUAAGCUUGAGAGAAUUUAUCAGAAAUUGAACAUUCGCGAGGAGCAAUUCAAGCUUGGUUCUGGAUACAGAUUCCCUUACCGACAUCUUAUCGACACUUCCAAUGUCUGGAUACAGAUGCCUGUACCGACAUCUUACCGACAAUCCCAAUUUCGGUACAGGAAUCCAGAACCGAGCUUGAAUUGAUUCUUUUACGCUUAGAAAGUAAGAGGAAAAACACCGUCAUUUUGAAACCAUUGCUAUUUGAAUCUUGGAUUUCGUCGCAAUCGACUUUCCGUUUUAAACCAUGUCGGUUAAUUGAACUUCAAGAUAUAUUUCACGUGGAUUUUAGUAUAGCACGUGUUUGCAAAUAUUUUCUAGUCACAGACUCUAUUCUUGAUGGUGGUUUUUAAAAUCUAUCGUAGGUCAGAUCGCGAACCGAAUAGUCUAUCAUUAGGCGCAACGUGACUAGUCAUCAAAAAUUCACACAGUGGCUCAUGUACGAAUGUUUGUAGUGAAACUAAUGCUCUCAAGAUCGUAAUACAGAAAAACGAUACAUAGUUUAAUACACAAUUGGUAGAGAGUACCAUGCAUGAAAAUUUUUUAAUUAUUUUCGUUUAGUGAUAGCUUUUUGGAUCUUACGCCCGAACAUGGUUCAAAUAUGGAGACAAGUAUUUGAAAACUAGUUUCAUAAAAACUAUGAAUGAAAUUAAAAGUACGUUAUGUUCACACGAUUACAAGAAUAAUAUUAAAAAUAAUAUUUGCAUGUGAGUUUCAAUUUAUUU